AUGCUGCAAUCUUUUAAAAGGUUUUCAACUAAUGCGGGGAUUCGCUCAUCGAUAACAGAUCUGUCUGUGAAAAAACUAGGCACCGGUUCAGGUCCCUUUGUUGAAUUUCCGGAUAUCCAGCCUCUUCAUGAUUCGCUUCUGCUAAGACUUCCAAGUUUCAGUUCAGUGGUUGGUAGACUCAAUAAUAUCACAGUCAUUGAUGCUUCUAAUGAAUUAAAGAACGUCAAAUUAACGGACUUGUUGGCCGUGAAAAAACAACAACAGCUUAAUGGAUUCAUUACAUUAUCCACAGGGGACGAACCGGUCAAUGUUAUAUGCACGGCAUCCUCAAGGCUCAAUAAUGUUUCUGUUAUAGAAGUUGAUGACUACGAAAAAGGGUGGACUAUUACAGACCCAUUAAAUACCAUUGUUUGUUAUGCUGGAGAUAUAUCAGUGAAAGGAAAUCAGAUUAAAGGAAGGGGUCUCUUUGCCAUAAAUGGACAAUCACCAAGUUGGCAUAUUCAAUUAAAAGAUUCAGAUCAAAUCCUAGUGCCUGCAACAUCUAUUCUUGGGUAUAGCUCAACGGUAUCUGUUAUACCAACCAAAAUAAAGCAACAAUUUCAAUUCAAGAAAAUGUCGUGGAUUAAGACACCCAAUGCUCUUCAAACAUGGAUGGAGGAAAAUAUUAAAUCCAAAUACGAAUAUCUCAGACUUCUCAUCAACAAAUACUUCCAAAAAGAUAAACUUAUGGCAGAUAUUCGAGGACCCGGCCUUGUGAUUAUACAACAUCAAAAUUCCAGAUAUAACGAGAAUCCUCUAUUUACUGAUGAAUCAAUAAUAAAAGCUCUCGAGAAAUGA